GCCAUAUGGAUGGACACGAGCCUCGAGGGCGUGCUGAAGAUAGGCCCCCUGCGCCGCGGCGAGUCCCAGCUCCUCGGCGAGGCUUCCGCGCAGCAGUCGAAGGGCAAGUUCACCAGGUCGCCCUCCAUGAAGAUAGCCGUCUUCAACCAGGACAAGGUUGGCGCCCUCCAGAAGGUCUUUGUCUUCCGGUCGCUGCAUCCGGCGCAGCUGGCCCAGCUGGCGCAGAAGCUCGUG